GUCGCUGGUAUAUUCAACACCACUGUCGUCGACGAUGCUCACCUCGCGCGGCGUCACUCGCCUAUCCCGCAGAGCGGUACAAAACGCGAAGAGGAACAAUGCGUUCUUCUCGUCCGCUGCUGCCGCCCCCGUGCUCACGAGGGCUGCUGUCAACCUGACACGUCCCGCGGCAACGAGCAGCUCUGCCGCUCGUCCCGCUCGCACUGCUGCCCCCCAUACCGCUCGCAGCUAUGCGACGGAGGCCAAGGGCGCCGUCGGCCAGGUCAAGACUGUCAUCGGUGCCGUCGUCGACGUCCAGUUCGAUACGGAGGACCUCCCGCCCAUUUUGAACGCCCUGGAGGUGCAAGAUUUCCACGGCGGUCGUCUAGUCCUUGAAGUUGCUGCGCACUUGGGUGAGAACUCGGUCCGCACCAUUGCAAUGGACGGUACCGAGGGUCUCGUUCGUGGACAGAAGGUCGUUGACACUGGUGCGCCUAUCAAAAUCCCCGUCGGCAGGCAGACGCUUGGUAGAAUUAUGAACGUCAUUGGCGAGCCCAUUGACGAGCGUGGCCCCAUCGAGGGUGUCAAGCUCUUGCCCAUUCACGCUGACCCCCCGGCAUUCGUCGACCAGUCGACGACCGCUGAGGUGCUCGAAACCGGUAUCAAGGUCGUCGAUCUCCUCGCCCCCUACGCUCGUGGUGGAAAGAUUGGUCUCUUUGGUGGUGCCGGUGUCGGGAAGACUGUGUUGAUUCAGGAGCUGAUUAACAACGUCGCCAAGGCUCACGGUGGUUUCUCUAUCUUCUGUGGUGUCGGUGAGCGUACCCGUGAGGGUAACGACUUGUACCACGAAAUGAUUGAGACCGGUGUCAUCAACCUCAAGGGUGACUCUAAGGUCGCUCUUGUGUUCGGUCAGAUGAACGAGCCCCCUGGUGCCCGUGCCCGUGUUGCUCUGACUGGUCUCACCAUUGCGGAGUACUUCCGUGAUGAGGAGGGCCAGGAUGUGUUGCUUUUCAUCGACAACAUUUUCCGGUUUACCCAGGCUGGUUCCGAGGUGUCUGCCCUGCUCGGUCGUAUCCCCUCCGCUGUCGGUUACCAACCCACGCUCUCCACGGACAUGGGUGGCAUGCAGGAGCGUAUUACCACCACCAAGAAGGGGUCCAUCACCUCCGUGCAGGCUGUCUACGUGCCCGCCGAUGACUUGACGGAUCCUGCCCCUGCCACGACUUUCGCUCACUUGGACGCCACGACUGUGUUGUCCCGUAGCAUUGCUGAGCUGGGUAUCUACCCAGCUGUCGACCCUCUUGACUCGAAGUCUCGUAUGUUGGACCCUCGUAUCGUCGGCCGUGAGCACUAUGACGUCGCGACUGCUGUGCAGAAGAUCCUCCAGGACUACAAGUCUCUCCAGGAUAUCAUUGCCAUUUUGGGUAUGGACGAGUUGUCUGAGGAGGACAAGCUCACUGUUGAGCGUGCUCGUAAGAUUCAGCGUUUCAUGUCUCAGCCCUUCGCUGUUGCGCAGGUCUUCACCGGUUACGAGGGCAAGCUCGUCCCCUUGAAGGACACCAUCCGGUCGUUCAAGGAGAUUCUUUCUGGUCACCAUGACUCUCUCCCCGAGUCCGCCUUCUACAUGGUUGGCACCAUUGACGAUGUUAAGGCCAAGGCUGAGCAGUUGGCGAAGGAGAUGGGCAGCUCAUAGUUCUAGAUGCUAUGCAUAGUUGAUAGACGCUGCGUGUGGUGGUGUGUCGAUGUGUGGAUACAAAAUGAUAUACUCUUCGCAUUCUAAUUUGCUCAUAUACCUCGUGUCCCUCUUUGUGCUUUCGAAGAUAUCAGUGUAGACGAGCCAAUCAAAUAGCGCGGAGCCAUCGAAUCGUGAC